UAUUUAAAAAAAAAAAGAUAAGCAAAGCAAAAAGAGAGGGCAGGCAACAAGUUUGCCGCGCUCAUGUAGAACAAGGGAAAAAAUAUUAUAAAAACAAAGCAAAAAAAAAUUCAAAAAAAGUUCAAAGGCCUCUCUCAACAAGAAGAAAAAAAAAAAGAUUAUUGAGAAAAAAAGGCCUUUGUUUCAAAUAUCCCUUGAAAUUAAUCUUGUGUAUCCACCACUAUCAAAUAGAAACUCACAAAAGAAUUUGUAUAUACAUUAUUAUUACUAUUUUUAAAUUUUCGUUAAAAAAAGUUAGAAAUUUUAAUUUGAUAAAUUCAUCAUAAAAGAUGGCUGGAGGAUUUGUAGGAGGUGGAAAUGGAGGUCCUGAAUAUGAAGGAAAAGUUACAACCUUUGUUAUUAUGACAUGUUUGGUUGCUGCCACUGGUGGUCUACUCUUUGGUUAUGACAUUGGUAUCUCAGGAGGAGUGACAUCUAUGGAUGAAUUCUUGCUCAAAUUUUUCCCAAAUGUCUACCACAAGGAGAAGGCCUUGAAAGCAGGGGGAAACCAAUACUGCAAAUUUGAUGACCAUAUGUUGCAACUCUUCACUUCAUCACUUUAUUUAGCAGCAUUGGUUUCUUCAUUUGCAGCUUCAAUAACCACCAAAGCCUUUGGCCGCAAAAUCUCCAUGCUUAUCGGAGGUCUAAUUUUCCUAGUAGGUGCCGUCCUGAAUGGUGCGGCCAUGAACUUGGCCGCACUCAUCAUAGGGCGCCUGUUGCUUGGUGUUGGCAUUGGUUAUGCCAAUCAGUCAGUCCCCGUCUACCUCUCGGAAAUGGCCCCACCUAAACUCAGAGGAGCACUCAACGUGUGCUUCCAAAUGGCGGUCACAAUUGGCAUAUUCGUCGCGAACUUGGUCAAUUACGGUACCUCUCAAAUGAAGAAAAACGGGUGGAGAGUUUCGCUCGUGCUCGCAGCAGUCCCCGCUGUUAUCAUGACCGUUGGAGCGGUUUUCCUACCCGACACACCUAAUUCCUUGAUCGACAGAGGUCAGAAGGAGGAAGCAAAAACCAUGUUGCAGAAAAUUCGUGGUACCAACAACGUUGACAACGAAUUCGAGGACCUUAUCAUAGCGAGCGACAUGUCUAAGCAGGUGGAAAAUCCAUGGGCCAACAUAAUGCAACCUAGGUACAGACCACAAUUUACAAUCGCGGUCCUAAUUCCGUUCUUCCAGCAGCUCACCGGUAUCAAUGUCAUUAUGUUCUACGCACCUGUCCUUUUCAAGACUCUCGGAUUUGGUGACGGGGCUGCCUUGAUGACCGCGGUUAUCACUGGACUUGUCAAUGUCUUUGCCACCGCUAUCUCCAUAUUCACUGUUGAUAGAUUUGGCAGGAGAGUCUUGUUCCUCAUAGGUGGUUCAAUAAUGCUCGUCUGCCAGAUUGCUGUUGGUGCCAUCAUAGCCAGUGUGUUUGGGAUGGAUGGCCUGGGAUCAUUCAGCAAGGGACUAGGAAAUGGUACAGUGGCCUUAAUUUGCAUAUACGUAGCAGCAUUCGCGUGGUCAUGGGGGCCGUUGGGUUGGCUCGUGCCUAGUGAAGUUUUCCCUCUGGAAAUCCGAUCAGCAGGGCAAUCAAUUAACGUUUCCGUCAAUAUGUUCUUCACCUUUGUGAUCGGUCAACUCUUCCUUACGAUGCUCUGCAAGUUGAAGUUCGGUCUGUUCUUCUUCUUUGCUGGAUUCGUCGUAAUCAUGACACUAUUCAUCGCCUUCUUCCUCCCCGAGACCAAAGGUAUCCCUAUUGAAGAAGUGAACAGAAUAUGGAAGAAUCAUUGGUUCUGGAAAAAGUACAUGCCAGUUGAUGAGAAUCAGGCUUAAAUGACGAUCAGUCUGGACACCUAGCGGUCAUGUACUAUCAUAUCAUAUCAUAUCAUAUGGGGCGAGGGAAAAAAAAAUUAAACGGAAGAUUGUAAAUAUUAGUUUUUGGCCCUCGCGUAUGCUGCUACUAUUAUAAUUUUUAUUUUUAUUUAUUAAUUUUCAAUAUGAAUAAACUACUCUCUUUUCUGCUUGCUUA